AUGUUUGCUCUCAAUAUUGUCUUGUAUUCCCUUUUGGGCACGUCGCUGCUCUUUGCGAUCGUGGAGCUGGGUCUUUCGGCCUUUGUUGUUUCGGCCUUUGAAAACACCACGCAAGAAUAUUCCACUUGGGCGGGAUAUGUUGAUGUCAAAGUGAAAGCUCCGGCCAUUGUAGACUUUAUGGUCUUUUCUUCGCUCUGGACUAUCCUUCUCACCGUUGCUGCUGUGCUGCUGCCCUGGCACUACACCCGUAAGGGUUCCGUGACCUCAAAGCUCAACACCGCUCUUGCUGCUUCUUUCGUGGCCGGUUACUUUGUCACGAUGGUGUUUUGGUUGGCUGCCUUCGCCGACUUGGCUACGUAUCUCGAUGUCAUAGCCGACUCGUACUACAGCGCGUUGAUUGCCUUUGCCGUGCUUCUCUGGCUUCUUUUCGUUGCUCUCCUCGUCUUCACUAUUCUUGCCAUGUGUGGUGUCAUGACCUCCGACUGGGCGGGAUACCAGUCCUUGAGAAAAGACAAGGUGACGGCGCCCAGUGCUGCGCCUGCUCACGAUAAUCCGAUGAGUAUGAAUCCUGUGACUCCCAUGGCUCCCUUCGAGCUGUCAUCUCAUGAUGCUGAGGGUCUACAUAACCAGCCGAACAACCAAUCGCCUAGUCCCUCAUUGCCUUCAGCCGUCCACAAUGUCGAACCAAAUGGUGAUAAUAAUGUCCAACGCGAGCACCAUACGGGUCCCCAUGAAGUCAGCCCAGCUUGA